CACCCUAUGUGUGCACUUCCUCUUAGUUGUCAACAGCGAGUGUAAAAGGGCAGUGAAUUCAGUUAGCCGACACCACACAGCAGUAAACAGUGUAGGAAUCAACCAAUAAACAAUUUGCUGAACAGAUAUUAUUUGCAGUCUAAUGUGGUACGCAUAACAAAGUUUAGAGGGACACACAGCAUGCAGUCUGGAUGGCCCAUUAGUUUGUCCUUCAGACAAGUGCACUGUAUGUCUUCAUUUCACCCCUAUCAAUCUGCCACAUACCACACUUUUAUUUCCUUUUUCUGAUUACUUCAGAUGUGACUAAGAUUGGAAGGCAGAUGUGGACUGAGUGAAAACCCUGUCAUCAAUCCCCCAGUACAUCCAUGUGUAUAAUUUUCUUCAAGUUUGACCCCCGGCCUGCAUCCAAAAAUGCCUACAGGCUAAUUUUGGCUGCAAACAGAGAUGAGUUCUACAACAGGCCAUCCAAAGCUGCAGAUUUCUGGGGGGCUAACAGUGAGAUCCUCAGCGGCCUGGACUUAGAGUAUGGUAAAGAAGGAGGAUCAUGGCUGGGGAUCAGCAAGAGGGGCAAGCUGGCUGCUAUCACCAACUAUAUGGAAGGACGCCCCAACCCUGAUGCACAAGGAAGAGGAUUUCUAGUGUCUAACUACCUUGUGGACAAGGAUUUGGACAGCUACUCCUACCUGAAGAAGGUUUCAGCAGAAGGCCACCUGUACAACGGCUUCAACCUCAUCACAGCAGAGUUCAAAGCCAAACAAGACAUUGUGUGUUACUAUGGAAACAGAGGCAGCCCUGAACCUAUCCAUCUAAAACCAGCAGGAAUCUAUGGUUUGAGUAAUUCACUGCUGGACACUCCAUGGAAGAAACUGCUGCAAGGCAAGCGCCAUUUUACCAGCGUCAUCAACGACCAGUCCCUGUCCUGCGAUGGACUGGUGCAAGAGCUGCUCAAUGUCCUCAAUAAUGAGGAACUGAACACACCUGAUCCAGCUCAGGAGAACCAGGGUGAUGGUUACAGUAAGCCCAUGAUCCAGGCUCUGUCAGCGGUGUGUGUUCGCUCACCUCAUUAUGGCACAAGGACCAAUACAAUAAUUCUGAUAGACGCAGAAGGGAACGUGACCUUCACAGAGCGCACCAUGCUCGACUGUGACACAAGCAAAUGGAGCACCAGUUCUUUUGAGUUCAAACUGCAGGGGUGAAGACAUGAUGGAGGAAACCCACUCUGUGCCUUUCUGCAUCACCUUUCUUUCCAUCGCCCCCAGCUUCCCGGCCUCCAGCUGCAUUUCACUGUAGCAGCUAUGUGAACAUGAAGACUCACUGCACUUUCUCUUGAGCUAGUUUGCACUGGCUGCCUCAUUAACAUCAGUGAUAUGUAUUUCUUAUUCUUGAUUUAAGUUAAAGUGCAUCUUUUGAAAAAACAUGUACUAAUUUAAAAGAUUGCCAAAGAACAUGUACAAUUUUUGUAGAGGAAGAUAUGUCACAAAACAGCAGGGUUGGGUUGCUUGAAAGAGUCAAAUCCAUUACAGAUUACAGGUAACCUGCUUUGAAUUGCAAUCAGUACUGGUGUUCACAAGAUUAUUUAUUCUUCUUGGCGUCAGAUUUUUACCUUAAAGCCAUGAUACAGAGUGAAUAUACACAUUAUGCACAAUUUCCUGACUGCAGUUUGAAAUAUCAUCCUAAAGCUACAACAAUAAAAAAACAACAUAUUUUAAGGUAAAAAAAAGUUGCAUGUUAUUUUCCAUUUUACACACUGAGAAUUCAUCGAGUCGCCAGUAUUUCUGGAGAAUGUUUUAAGUGAUUUACACUCUCAUUAACUGUCAUAAAUUAGAGUCACUGGUAGUUUCUUAUGCUCUAGCCCUGCACAACAAUAGUCUCAGUGUUGGUUUCAGUAUUGAAUGAAAAAUUGUUUCAGGCACUGGAUCUCUGACUGCUUCCAUGGUAGAAUAAUACCUUUUACAGCUGCUUGAUAAUAAAAACAGUUUAUCCAAACACUCA